AUGAACCUCUACCCCGUCCCGCGGUCCGACGACCUCACGCCCGAGCUGCCCAGCGCCGCCGCCGAGGCCAUCGUCCUCUACGUCGUCGCCGGCCUGACUCUCACCGCCGCCGUCGCCUACUUUUGCCGCGCCGCGCUCUUCCGUCUACUUCCCGCGUGGCUGCGGCCCUUUGCGGCCGAGGAGCGGCCCAGCCCCGUCGAGGGCAGCGGCGACGACGAGGACUGGGACGACCCAUUUGUGCCCAAGCGCUGGACGCACUGGACGCUGCUCCUCUUCCUCAUCGCCAUCUUCGGCCUCGUCCUCGCCUUCGUCCCCGUCGUCGUCGAGCCCGAGCAGAGCCUGCACCUCUUCGACAUUGUGCCCUGGUUCUCCAUCGCCGCCGUCACCAUGGCCGACCGCCCGACGCGCACGCCGCGCAUCCUGCUCGUGCAGUACUUUGUCUUGCUGCUCGGCCGCGCCGCCGCCUAUUCGCUGCGCUUCCUCAACCAUCAGAGCCUCCUCGACGCCGAGGAGCCCACGCCGCUGAUCCGCGUCGCGCUCGCCGCCCUCGCGCUCGUCUGCAUCUGCGCCAUGCCCCUCCGCGACCCGACCUGGGACGUCGCCAACAUUGGCACCGGCAAGCUCCCGCCCUCGCACCACCUGCGCAGCCCCGAGGACAGCCUCAGCCUGCUGCGCUUCUGGACCAUGAGCUGGGUGACGCCGCUGGCCGCGCUCUGCCAGACGCGCGAAAUCACCGUCGAGGACGUCUGGCAGCUGCCGUUUGACUUUCAGCACACUCGCCUGUACGAGGUCUUUCGCGAGGUCCGCGGCCGCCUGCUGCCGUGUUUGGUGGAAGCCAACGGCCUGGACCUGUUCAUCUCCACCGCGCUCGCCAUGGUCGAAAAGGUCCUCGAGGUGUCCAACAUCCGCCUCACCAGCAAGCUCUACCAGGCGCUGGACCGGGGUGAUCCCCGGCAGGCCGUCUACUGGAGCAUCGUCAUGCUCGCCAUCGACGCCGUGCGCCAGGUCGCCAAGACGACGGCCAACUGGUACUCCCGCAAGGCUUAUGAGCGCUCUCGCGGCGAGACCUUUAUCGGCCUCUUCAGUAAACUCCUCACCCGCGCGGUGCCGGGUUCCGACGCCACAGAGAAAGGACCCCAGGACACCAUCAACCAUCACAUCUCCAAUGGGUCGCAGACCAAGACCUUUUGGAGUCGUCUCUGCGGCAGCCGCGAGAAGAAGCCUGUAUACGCCGCCGUCCCCGCGCAGCCCGCCUCCAACGCCAAAGUCGUCAACCUCGUCCGCGGCGACACGUACGAAAUCUCCCAACGCUUCUGGGACUUUCAGAAGCUCGUCUCACAGCCGGUCAAGAUCCUCUUCACCAUGUACUACCUCGUCGACAUCAUGGGCUGGCCGUCGACCGUCGGCUUCGCCCUCAUGGCCGUCUUCCUCACCUGCAACACGCUGCUCGUCAAGCGCCUCAUCGGGCUCGAGCGCCAGCGCACCGCCCACUCGGAUAAGCGCGCACAGGCCGUCUCGCACUUCGUCGAGGCCAGCCGCCCGCUCAAGCUCAACGGGUGGACCAAGUCCUGGAGCGACCGCAUCAUGCGCUUCCGCGCGCUCGAAAUGACCAAGCGCCUGCAGAUGGCGUACGUCACGGCCAGCAUUUCGACUCUGAACGUCACCGGCGGCACAUCCUACCCGCUCGCCAGCAUCGCACUCUUCACCCUCGUCCUCCGCCGCGGCCUCCCCAACGACGUCAUCUGGCCGUCGCUGCAGCUCUUUUCCCAGCUCGAGGCCAGCGUCAAGGAGGCGUUUGACCUCAUUUCCGCCUUUUGGAAGACGACCAUCCCCGUCGAGCGUGUCCACCGCUACAUGGACGAGCCCGACCGCGACGUCGCCUCGUCCAUCACGCCCGGCGCACGCGACAUUUCCUUCCACCACGCCACGUUUGCCUGGCCGUCGACCGACGUCGCCGUGCUGCGCGACGUCAACUUUGACAUAUCCACGGGCUUGACCAUUGUCCGCGGGAAAGUCGGCGCGGGCAAGUCCAGCCUGCUGCUCGCCGCGCUCAACGAGAUGGAGCUGCAGACGGGCUCGCUGACGCUGCCCGACGAGCCCAUCGGGUACGCGCAGCAGCUGCCCUGGCUGCAGAACAAGACGAUCCGCGAGAACAUUCUCUUCCAGCACCCGUUUGACGCGCACCGCUACCGGCAGGUCGUGCACGCGUGCGCGCUCGCGCCCGACUUCGCGGCCUUUGCCGCCGGCGACAUGACCAAGCUCGAGGAGGGCGGCGUCGGGCUCUCGGGCGGCCAAAAGGCGAGGGUGGCGCUCGCCCGCGCGGCGUACUCGCCGAGCCGCGUGCUGCUGCUGGAUGACCCCCUCGCGCCGCUGGACCACGACACGGCGACGUCGAUUGUGCGGCGCUUCCUGCAGGGCCCGCUGGCGAGGGACCGCGUCAUCGUCAUGGUGACGCACCGCGACGACCUGGUGCUGCGCAUCGCGGACAAGGUCGUGGACGUGGACCGCGGCACCGCGCGCGUGCUCUCGCCCGCGGAAGUGAAGGAGGAGCUCGAGCACCCGUACCACGCCGCCGGGGACGAGAUGCACGACGACGCGGACCACUCGGCCGCCGCGCAGGAGGAGCUCCUCUCCGGCGGCAAGAUUGACCCCGAGGACCCGAGCGAGACGGGCGGCGUCUCGUGGGCCGUGUACCUCAAGUACAUGGAGGCCGGCGGGUGGCACCUAUGGGCGCUGCUGGCGCUGGCGUACGGCAUCUCGCGGUACUGCGACAUUUCGCGCGCGCGCCUCCUCGAGGAAUGGGGCAAGGACACGGCCGGGCACGACUCGGGCGGCUACUGGGGCCUGCCGAGCGCGGAGCGCCACCCGAGGCUGUGGCUAUACGUGCUCGGCGCGCUGUCGGCCGGGCAGAUUGCCAGCUACGGCGCGGCGCAGGUGCUCCUCGCGCGCAUCAGCGUCGCCGCCGCGCAGGGGCUCUUCAGAAACGCCGUGGACAAGGUCAGCCGCGCGACGUUUCGGUACCACGACGUCACGCCGACGGGGCAGCUCAAGAACCGGCUCAUUGCCGACAUGGCCAUGGUCGACGGCGGCAUCCUGGCGCCGCUCGAGUCGUUUGUCUUCAACCUCAUCUCGCUCGUCAUGUCGCUCGUGGCGAUAACCUCGCACCAGCCGUCGCUCCUGGCGGUGCUCGGCGUCGUCUCCGUGCUCUUUGUCUACUUCUUCCGGCUGUACGUGCCCGUGUCGCGCUGCCUGCGCCGCAUGGAGAUGCGCUACCUGACGCCCAUCAUUGCCAACAUUGGCGUCAUGCAGGACGGGCUCGUCACGAUCCGCGCCAUGCGCGUCGAGUCGCACUUUCAGCAGCGCCACCUCGAGGCCGUCGACGACUUCCAGAAGCAGGACCACUUCUUCUGGAGCAUGGCGUUUUGGCUCGACUUUCGGCUGUCGAUGAGCUCGGCGGCGAUGCGCGCGGCGCUGAUUCUGCUCAUGGUGGCGUUUGGCACGGCCGCGUCGGCGGUCGGCUUCGUCCUCACGCAGACCAACAUCGCCAUGGCGGCGGUGCAGCAGCUCUGCGAGCGGGUCGCGCAGCUGCAGCUCGACGCCGUAAGCCUCGAGCGCGUCAACAUGCUCAACAGGAUCCCCGCGGAGCCCGAGGGCGGCGACGAGCCCCCCGCCGACUGGCCCGCGCCGAGCGACGCCGUAACCUUUACCGACAUGUCGUUCCGCUACGACGACGACCUGCCGGCCGUGCUCGACCGCGUCACGCUCGACAUCCCCGGCGGGUCGACGUGCGCGGUGCUCGGGCGCACCGGCUCCGGCAAGUCGACGAUUGCCAACGCGCUGCUCGCGACGCAGCUGCCGUCCCACGGGACCGUCAAGAUCGGCGCCAUGGACCUCGCGACCGUGGACCGCACCGCGCUGCGCAACCGCAUUACCUUUAUCCAGCAGGACCCGACGCUCUUCCCCGGCACCCUCCGCGACAACCUCGACCCCGAGGGCCGCUUCUCCGACGCGGCGUGCGCCAACGCCAUCGACCGCGUGCUCGGGCCCUCGUGGGACCUGGACUCGCCCAUCGACGCCGGCGGCAAGAACCUCUCCCAGGGCCAGCGGCAGCUGGUGGGCAUCGGGCGCGCGGUGCUGCGGCGCAGCGGGCUGGUGAUCCUCGACGAGGCGACGGCGAGCAUCGAUCGCGGGACCGCGGCCAUGGUGCAAAAGGUGCUCAGGGAGGAGCUGGCGAGGAGCACGGUGAUUACGAUUGCGCACCGGCUCGAGGCGGUGGAGGAUGCGAAUUGGUGUCUGCGGCUGGAGAGGGGACGGGUGCUCGAGUGUGGCCCCGCGAGGGACUUGGCGACGAGCGGCAAGUGA